CGAGACUGUCAAAAAAACAACAACAGCUGAAUGAAGUGCUUAGGGAGUCUGAAUGUCAUAUGUUUCGUGUUUUUAGCGCGUAGUUUUAGUAACCAGAAUGACGAAGUUGGACGUGCUGAAUCUCUACCUGAAGGAGCGUUUGCGGCUGGCCGCGGAUGAUAUAUUCCAGGUGAUCAAGGACACCAUUCUGGACUAUCAAAACGAGAUCGCCCUCACCAAAGAGGAGAACCGAGACCUCAAGCAAAGACUGGCCGAUGUCGGCACUAUUUCAGCCGGUAUACAACGAGUGUUGACUGCUGAGAGACGCACCCCAGAGCCCCGCCCUCCAGCGUUCCCCAGGGAGCUCCCGGAUGCCCCCCCUGCCCCUCCUCCUCCUCCUCCCCCUCCCGUUUCGGGACGCGAUCAGCACCCCUCCGUACCCCCACCCAGUGACCGCGGGGAGCAGCCCUCAGACCCCCCGGACCAGUCCCACUCCCCCGACAUCAUCGAGGUCAAGCAUGAGGAGGAGCAGCCUAUCGACAUCACGCCCGGUACAGAAGACACACAGCACCCCCAUCAUGCCCCCCACCAGGCCCCCCAUCAGGUCUCCCACCAGGCCCCCACACCUCCCCAAUACAGCCCCAACCCUGACCAGAGACUACCCAACGCGUACCACGCCGCCAGCUACGCACCGCACAUGCACAUGCCCCAGGAAGAAGACAGGGGAUUGGACGGCCUGGACGGGCCCGGGCCCGGGCCUCUACCUCUACCCCUGCAGCAGCCAAUCAAACUGGAGUCUGAUGUCGAUGACUGCUGCAGCGUGGUGGACUUUAACCCCGAACUCUCCGCCCACUCCAGCUCCAUGGACACCCCACACGGUAGCAGCAGCCUGGAGGACACAGGUCACAGUGGCGUGGGAUACAUGACUGAGGGAGCCAUGGGGUACCUCUCACAGAGCUGCGCCCAGGGAACUAUAGGGGGACCGAGCACCAUGCUGAGGGGAGACAUGUGUGAGCUGCCCCCCCAGUUGCCCCCCCAGCCCCAGGGCUCCUGCAUGGGGGUGGGGGUGGGGGUGGGGGUGAGCAUGGGAGUCGGUGCGGAGAUGGGCAUGGGCGCGACGGCGGGCACCAGUGCAGCUCUCGACCAAUCGCAUGGCAGUAACCAUGGCGACCAGCAGCCCCUGUACUGCACGCUGUGCGGCCGGUGCUUCAACACCCCCCGCGAGAUGGCCAUUCACAAACAGGUGGUUCAUGCCAAAGACAAACCGUACCGCUGUGGAGUUUGUGGGAAGACCUUCCGCUACUCAGGUAAGUUUAAGGAGCACCAGCGUAUCCAUACCGGAGAGAGGCCGUAUCGCUGCCACGUGUGCUUCAAGAGCUUCAACCAGACGGCUCACCUGAAGGUCCACCUGCGCGUGCACACAGGAGAGAAGCCCUACAGCUGCCCCUUGUGUGGAAAACGCUUCAGCCAGUCCAGUCAGAUUAAAGGACACCUCAACACACACAAGAGGCACACACACACAUGAGGAGAGGAACACACAC